UUUUUUUUUGAAGCCCUUUAGUCUUUUCAUAUAAUUCAUACAUGUCAUAUUUACAGAGAAUCACACGAACUUUUAGUUGGAAUACAUUUAACCGUAAAUUUAGUACUUCUAGAAUUGCUUUAUCUACAGAAUCAACAAAUAUAGAAAAUACAGCAAAACCAAAAGGCCUAUACCAAUUUUUUGAAAAUAAUGAAGCUUUACCAAAACAGAUUUGGACAGGACGUGCCUGGAAGACACAAGAGCUUCGACAAAAGUCAUUUGAAGAUCUUCAUAAAUUAUGGUAUGUUUUGUUAAAGGAACGUAAUGUACUUGCAACACAAAAAGAAGAAGCGAGGCGAUUAAGAGUGUUAAAGCAAAUAUGGACAAACCAAGGCCGCAUGAAGAAGUGUCAAAAAUCAAUGGCCAGAAUUAAAUGCGUAUUAUAUGAAAGACAAAGGGAAUACGAAAAGCAAUUAAUGAGCAAAGCAGCACAAUAAUCUGACCAACACUAUACAAUGUAAUUUUAGAGUCUUGUAUGUAUUUACAGAAAUUUGUUUCAAAAAAAAAAAAAAAAAAAAAAA